AUGAAGUUCACCUCUGUCUUCGGCACCGCCGCUCUUCUCAUGGCCCCUUCGGCUGUGGCCUGGAAGCUUCCCAAUGUCGACAGAGCCGACUCGGGUGCCACUCCUACCGAGCAGCCAGCUCCCUCUGGUGCUGCUCCCUCCGGUUUCCCCUCUGGCUUCCCCUCUGGUGGAUUCGGUGGGUUCCCCGGUGGAGGUUAUCCCUCUGGCUUCCCCUCCGGUACCGGAUUCCCUUCCGGAUUCCCCUCUGGAGCUCCUGAGCACCACGGCCACCACGGUCACGGCGGUCACGGCGGCUUUGGAGGACCUGAGCCCACUGGCCUUCCUUCUGGUUUCCCUGAGGAGCCCAGUGCCACUGGAUUCCCCGGUGGCCAGCCUGGUGAGGGUUCCUUCACCAUUCUUCCCACUCCUUCUGCCGGCGCGGGCGAGAUGCACGCUGUGAGAGACUUCCCCUUCGGCUUGCCCGAGGCUUCCGGAUUCCCCAGCGGAGUCCCUUCUGGAUUCCCCGAGGGCCCUCGCCCCACUGGUGGAUUCCCCGGUGGCGAGGCUGGUGGUGAGGGCUCCUUCACCGGCGCUCCAUCUGCCUUGCCCACUCCCUCUGGUGGUGCUGGCGAGGGCCAGAGCGGUUUCCGUCGCCUCCACGCUCGCCAGGUUCGCCCUGUUGUGGUCUAG